UAAUUUGCAGCCACGAGCACCAUGUGUGAAACGAUGGCUUUGUGUCUAACAAACACCCCCAGGGGUCAUGGCUCCCUCCCUCCAAGCUGGAGAGGGAUGGGAAGUUGGACUGGGCAGAGCUGUGGUCUGGUUUGUAACCAGGGAGAUGGAAAGGGAACUGUCAUUGACCUUGCAGUGUCAUCAAACUCAAGCUGCCUGGCCUGCAUAGUCAGGAUGUCAUGGGAGGCUCGGAGGGGAGCUGUGCCCAAAUUACCCCAGAAGGUUGGAAAAGCCAAAGGUCAGCUUGGUCAUUACUCCAGACCCCCUUGCAGCCCUGGUUCUGCUUGUGCUUGGAAAGGAGAGGUCUGUCUGCCCAGCAGCUGACAUCUCUCAGGAUAAACUGUUCCUCAGGCUAGCCCCCAAGAUUUUGUCCUUCCCAAAACAAGUUCCCUCUAACCAGGAAUCCAGCUCCAAACACCGUGGGGAUUUGGAUGCUGAGCUGCAGCACUUCUAGUGGCAGCUGGAACUGUUCCAUUAGGAGCACAGGUUGACUUGCAGGGUGUUGUAGGGACAGUGCUGACCUGCCAUCAGGCUGCAUCACUCAAAACAGGCUCCCUCCACCUCUAGAAUAAGGUUGUACAAAGGCAGAAAAGAAACGUGGUGACUCAGAGAAGCAGCAGAGAGAGCCUGGGUCCCACUCAAGUCGUGCUUUGUGGUGUGACAAAGCCCAUGAGCUGCUGAGAUGCCCCUUCCUCACCAGCCCAGUGUGAGACAAGACACGUUGGAGGCUUGUUCCUGCGUGGGGACCGCCCCGGCAGUCUUGACUGCACACUGCAGUCCUGUACCUCACUUGCAGGCUUCAAAGAAUCUGUCCCCAGAUUCAUACCAAAAAGUUCUUUUGUUGCAGCAGUUGAACAACAAUCAUCCAAAGCAGCUCUGCUGUUCAGGAGAGACUCUUCUCUCCCAGUACGCCAGCAACUGGAACAAAACAGCUCCUCACUGGCAGUUCCCCAGGGAAGAGGAAACAUCUCAGGCUCUGAUGAAGCACCUCUUAGGACAACCACAGACUGUCCCCGCACGUUCACUUGUCCCCUUUGAGCUCUUUAAACGAGCACAGAGCAAAAAGAAAGGCACCAACUUUAGCAGAACGGUAUUUGGUGGCAGCAGCUGCUGCGAAUCUACGAUGCAGGAGCUUGAGGAGGAGGAGGAGGAGGCUGCCGAGGGAAUCAGCAGAAGAUCAGCGCUUGCUGCUCCACGUUCUCCCCGCAGAUGAGCUGCGCGGGGGGCCAGGAGUGGGAACUCCACGAGUGUUUUCGGUGGAAUGCAGGAUGCUGAGCACGGCUCUCCCGUGCCGCCUGCGCCUGCUCGCACGGCCGGCGGGUGGAGCCCGCUUCAGCCCGCACCGCUCCCGGGCACCGGCACCGAGCCCCGGGGCUCCCUCCGGGGACAGGGCUCAUCGCCCCUCCGGGCUAUGGAGCCCUGCGCCCAGCGGCUUCCGAAGCCCGGCUUGAGCACGCAGCCCCUCCUCCGGUUCUGCCGGGGCCGCUGCCCGGAGCGAGAGAUGGAUACGCCGUGCUGGGCGCACAAGCUGCUCGGGGGAUGGAGCUCGGUGCAGUGACCCCCAAAAUCUCCCAUCGCUGAACCGCGUCUGAUUACGCGAGUCCUUGGAAGCCGUUGCCCCCCGUGCCACCCGCCGCGCCCGGGGCAAAGGAGCGAUCCGGUGCUCGGUGCAAGUUGCUGCCGUCCUGGGGAGCCGGCGGCCGUUUCCCGGCGGGUCCCUCCCUGGCGGGACCUGCCCGCCCGCCCCACCGGCUCCAUCCUCAGGUCCGCCCCGGCCGCGGAGCGGAUCCGCCCCCGCCUCCUCCCCGCGCAACUUCCCCGAGCCGCGGCCCCCCCGCCCCCGCCCCGCGGGUGCGCGCACAGACGCGGACGCGCCCAGCCAAGCCGUGCUGAGCUGUGCCGAGCCGAGUCCAGCCAAGCCUCCCUCCUGGCCGCGUAUGGGGCGCGCAGCCUCCGCGAGUACGCAGCAGCCUCCGCUGCCCCGCUGGCGCUGAAGGACCGGAGCAACCGGAGCAGCCUGAGCGUCGGUCCUCGGGCAAUGCCCGCCCCGCUGCCUGCCGCCUGCCCCGCCGCUGCCCGCGGGCGCGGAACGGGGUGCCCGCAUGGAGCGCUGAGGCGGUGAGCCCCGCCGCGCCGGGCCGGGAGACGUGACGAUGUGGAUGCGACGGCUCCCGGGAAGCAGGUCAGGUUGCCCGCUCGGAAGCCAUGCUUGGAUUUUAAUAGCCAUGUUCCACCUAGCCAUGGACCUCGCCAGCUGCCAACCCGCGCCCAGCGGCACCGGCGGGAGGCUGUCGCCGCGCCCGGCGCUCCGGCACAGACUAUCCCGCGCCUCGCUGUGGGGCACGGGGAGCGGGGAGGACCUGCGGCGCCCCGGGCACCCCUGGAACUGCACCCCCGUGCCCCCCACCACACAGAGACCCCGCUCCCGCCGGCCUGCCCCCGCCGCCCCGUUGCCCGCCGGCCGUCCCCUGCGCCGCCCCCGCUCCCGGAGGGGCCGGCGGCACCUGCGCGGCCGUGGCUUCACCUCGUGGGACGGGCGCCCCACGGUGUUGCCCGAGGUCAUCGUCUGGGGCCCCACGGGCGAGGAGGACUCCCUGGAGAGCAGCACGCUGCCCGGCGCCUUCGCCACCACCGCCGCCACCACCACCGCCGCAACCACUACCACCGCCACCACCACCGCCGCCACCGUCGCCGCUGCCACGCCGCCCCGUGUGCCCCCCAGCACCCCGGCUCCGGUGCCCGGUGGGGACGUGCCCCGCAGCAGCCCCGGCCGCACCAGCACCGCCGAGCCAGCCGCCGGCCACAGCAGCGGUGGCAAGGAUGCUCGCCCGCCCCGCGGGCUGGGAGACAGCACAGGUCUGGCAGUUCAUCAGAUCAUCACUAUUACAGUGUCCCUCAUCAUGGUCAUAGCUGCCCUGAUAACAACUCUUGUCUUAAAAAACUGCUGCGCGCAGAGCGGGCGCCCGCGGCGCAACAGCCACCAGCGCAAACUGGACCAGCAGGAGGAGAGCUGCCAGAACCUGACCGACUUCGCGCCCGCCCGCGUGCCCAGCGCCCUCGACAUCUUCACGGCCUACAACGAGACCCUGCAGUGCUCCCACGAGUGCGUGCGGACCCCCGUGCCCGUCUACGCCGAGGAGGCCUUGCGCUCGCCCGGGGACUACAAAACAACCUUCAAUGGAAACAGACCCUCCUCUUCUGACCGGCAUCUUAUUCCCGUGGCCUUUGUGUCUGAGAAAUGGUUUGAAAUCUCCUGCUGACUGGCCGCAGCCUGUUUGAAUCCCGGGGGCAGGGCAAACGCCAUCGGGCUGUUUCCUGGAUUCCAUUGGUGAACCUGUAAAAAAUAUACAGACCACUGGGUUACCUGUACCUACCAUUUCUGUUUACCAGUAGGAGACUCAAAGAGCAGCGUCCCGUGGGCCAAAUCUAUUUUUAUAUAAACCAAGACGCCUGUGGGGAGCUGCAGCUUGUGAGGAGGAGGAGGAGGAGACGAGAAGGUGCCAGAGAAGAGCCCUGUGGAGCAGGAGGGGAAGGGAAGCAAGCACCCGGACGUGGACUGUGACUCUGAACCUGUGCCAACUAUACCAUUAUGUGCCAUGCACCGCUGCAGGGGCUUGGCCAGGAGCCCGAGCCGAGUGCCAACGCCUGGACACCUCGUGGAGGACACACGUGGGGCAUCUCUUCUGGUGGGGGCAUCCCUGGCAGUCCAUACGCACCCACAGCCGUGCUCUGGAGAGGCAGCACGCAGAGAGCUCCACACACACAGACCUCCCCUUUUGUACUGCAGCCGAUUUUGGAGAUCUCAAAGGACUCAUUUUUACAGACCAUGUCCUGGCCUGGAUGUCUCCUUUCCUGACCACGCAGAGACCCAAGCAGGGUGAUGGUUUCUACCUUGGCAGCUCGCCCCCAGCCCUCUCUGUGUGCCCGGGGAGAUGCAGAGAGCUUGCUCUGUGUGUACCUAUGAACAUCCAGAGCUGUGCAUCCUGCUGGAGCUUCUUUGGUUCCUCCUGUGAAAGGCUUUUCCAGCACUCAUGAUGGGACUGCAGCAACAGGGCAUGACCAGGGCUGUAUUGCCAACGUGGAGCCAGGAAGAGGCUUCCCAAAAUCCAGCAGGAGCAGCCUCAAAGUCCCCCCAGCUUGGGGAGGGAUGGCAAAGAGUUGCAGAGCCUGGCUUGGGACAGGAGGAGAGUGGAGACAGGCUGGGUGGUGGCUGGAAGGGUGCACCUGGGCCACGUUCACGAAGUGCCAGAGGAAGCAGGCGAGCAGGGAGUUUGCUGCAGGCAGAUGCCCCAAGCCUGGCAGCUUGCAGCAGCUCGAGGUGGUGGUGAGGGCUCUCCCCAGGCUGCCAUAGCCCCACACAUCCAAGGGAGAUGAGAAGAAGCCAAACAGUCUGCUUCUGCCCCUUGUUCCACUGCGCUGUGGUCCUCACUGUGCCAGGUGCGAUGCCUGAGGGCUGGCCAGGGUUGGGUUUCAGGUGUGGAGUUCCAAAGGAGGUGCCUCCCGUGGCACAAGACAAAUUUCAGGAGUGAAAUGUGGGAGUUUUUCUGGGGAAUGGCUCCUAAAUUGGCCACAAGACCAAAGCUUGUUCAGCCCUACGAGAGAAAUGGCAAAGGAAGGAGCCUGUUGCCUCCUGAGCCAGCCCCAGGCCAGUGAGCUCCAGGGAGCCUCUUUCUUUGUGCCCUUGGCCUUGGCUGGGUCAGGAGCAGGUGCAGCUCCCUGGGGAUCUUCCAACAGUGUUAAGAAGGAAGCUUUGCCCACCAGCUUGCCAGGGAGAGAGGGUUCUGCUGCGCCUGCUUUGGUGUAUUGCUUCAAACACAUCCCAUCCCCUGCCCAGCUCCUGCUGGGCUGGCUGGUUUUGGUGGGUGCUGGUGAGCAUGCCAGCCUACCUGUAGGCCCUCUGUCCAAGCCUGGGCUGGCCCAUGUAAAUUGUGCCAAGGCAAAGCUUGCAGAGGGCAGCUGGAUGCCCGCAGCGUACGGUACCCAUGAGGGUCUGCCUCGCGAGAUAGGUCUUGCUGGGGUUGCUUUGACCUUGCAUGGUAGGAAUGAGAGCAGAGCUCAGACCAAAGCCCUCCAGUUCUUUUUGUACACCACCCUGGGUAGGCAGGGGCAGCUCUGUGGAGCUGCCCAGGCACAUUUCUACUCCUCCCACAGUCACUCAGCUCCGUUUCUUUGUCGCAACGAGCCUGAGAACUCCUGGCACCGCAGAGCCCCGCGCGUUCCGCCUCCCUCCUGUCCUUCACUGAUGGAAUUGCACACUCUGGAUUAUUUUUCCUGCAUUUUUGGAGGCUGCCCGGGAAGAAGUCUUCCUUACUGGACCUGGUGAUUACCUUGACUUGAACCAAACAUCUCUGAAGGUGUUGGCAACGUUCCCUGCGACUCCGAUGAGCCUCAGGCGUCCACCUUGGGCACAUUCUGCACCGGGGUUGCUGUCCACCAGCAGCCAGAGAGGAGGAGGAGGAGGGUUCCUGUUGCUCCUGGCCAGGUUUUGGUCCAUGAUGAAUCAGAUCCUUCUGCAGAAGUGGUUUCUCGUGAGCACUGAGCUGGGCAUGGGUGGCAGCUGAGAGGCACAGCCCUGGGGCUGGGUCUUGGUGUCUGGGGGGUGGUCGACAGGGCUGGGUCCCCUUAGGCCAGCAGAGAUCUGCUCUGCUGUUUGUGUUUGGAGACAGCAAGCCCCUAGUGGGCUGGGCACUGGGCAGAGGGGUGUCUACUAGGCAGCUGUGGUGCCCAGCUCUCCAGGGCAUUGGAUGAGAUGCCACCAGGGUUGGAGGAUGGACAGGGUCUUGCUAGAGGAGCAUCCUCCUGAAGCUUUCAUUUUCCCUGGAAAACAGAGAGUGUUUGCCCAGUGCUGUGGGCUCCUGCCCCACUGCCUACAGUCUGGGGGGGGGGGGGGGCUUUGGGCUGCAGUGGGUGCAGUUAAAGCUGAGUGUGGCACCCUGCUGGGGUUACUGAUGGGCUGCCCCAGAGCAAGGCUUGUUGGCACCAGAGUCAGCUAAAUCCCCUGUGAGGAAAGGGCUUCUGAGCAUCAUUUCCAUCAUCUCAGUGUGCUGGGCAUCGGUGUUCUGCUGAUGUGAGUGGUGCAGCCCUGCCAGCUGCCCUGCCUGGCACAGCUCUUUGUGUGACUUUGCUGGCAUCGGGAGGCAUGUCUGUUGUGCUUCACCCAUUGAUCUUCCCGUGGAUUGGUGUCUGCUGGCUGCAGCCAGGGCUUCCUGCAGGAAUUCUGGUGGCAAUUUGACAACCUAAAUACAUCUCAGCUCCCUCCUUUCCCAGCAUUUGGAACGUGGCUCUGAGUCUCUGCUACCUGAAGGGGAGUGGUCAGGUGGAGCUUGGGGGCUGGCAGGUGGCAAGGGCAGAGCCGGGGAUGGUGAAGCACCCAGCUCCUGGGAAAUUCCCUUAGGAGCUGGAGACAAGGACAGGGAAUUGUGUGUGUGUGUGUGUGUGUCUGUGUGCGUGUCAGGGAGAGAAUGAAGGCAAAUAACCUGGCCCCAGGUGACAGGAGCAGGUUCCUGAUGGCAGAACUCCCACGAGCUCACAUAGUCUGCAGGAGGGCACAGCCUGGUCACCAAGAGGUGCCCCAGGGAACAAAAGUAGAUGCACAAUCUUCCCUUAUUUAUAAGGACCAACAGCACUUGCACUUUAUCAGAGAACCCCUCCCACCCCUAUGCAUGCCAAGCACACCAACAAGGGACAGCUGCCCGCAGGAGGGGAAGGAAGGGCUGGAGCUGCUGAUGUGGUGAUGCAUGGGGCAGGAUCUCAGCAUCCCCAGGUCCCUCCACAGCAAGAAGAGGUGAGCUGGGGCUGUUCCGUGCCCUGCUGGUGGUGGCAGCCCAAGUAAAGAGAAGGAAAUGCAGGCACAAAGUCACAUUUCCAUGGAACAGCUCAAGUGAGCAGGGCUCUGGAGGAGCAAGCAGGGGACCCUGGGGUCUGCAGAGCUGCUCCCUCAGGACCUCACCACAUCACCUUGCCCCGAAGUCUUCUGGUCCCUGGUGAUGGCUCUUGAUGGGCUCCCUGUCACUGCCCAUGAGGGCACAAAGCUUCACCCCGUGUGGUGUCUGUUGUGCCAGGGUCCGUUGCUGUGAGCCAGUCCAGCAGUAACAGGGUAGCUCUGCCAACGCCUGUGCCACCAGGUGCUCUGAAUGGGCUGCAGCUGCUCCCUGGAGCAGUGGGGGCUGGCUCCAGGGGUUGGGUUGGUUUUGUGGUUCGUUGGUUGUUCUUUUUUUUUUUCAAGUCUUUACUUGAAAAAAACUUAACUCUGUGUGGGCACAGAGAGGGUCUGAGCAGGUUUGGAGAAUUAGGGAUUGCUCUGCUGUCAGGCAGGAGCUGAGCUCCUUCUUCAGCCCGAGAGCACUGAGUAGGUAGCAAGAAACGUUCCACCAGGAAACACAGCCCCGUGCACUGCUUGGCAUUGUGGGCACUGCAAAGGAUUGACCAACAAGCUGGGGAAGGUCCUUUGUGGACAUCCCUGUGGUGCCCAGCCUGCCCACCUCGCUGCAGGGCUGUGCUGGGGGCACACAUGUGGUGGGACUCGAUGCUCAGGGAACCCAGAGAAGCCUCCUAGAGCACAGGGUGGAGAUGGCAUUGGGUAUCCCCCAGAACCCAGCAAAUCCACGUUUCCAACAGGGCCUUUCCUUGGCAAUCCAGAGCUUCCUGCUGUGCUGUGUUUGGAUCUGGCAGCUUGACAAUGCUGAAGGUCUGCUCCUUGCUUUGCUCUCCCUCCCUGCUCCCUGCUGUUUUUUGGUUCAUUUGACUGAUUCCUUAGUUCCUAAGAAAUGUGUCACAGCUGCUGCGAGGCCACCGAGCCCCUGCCACGUGCUGGGGGGGAAGGUCCAUGUGUUUGUUGCUUGUGGCUCUGUCUUAGUGGGAGAAUGGCUUGGGAUGAGCCCUCUCACCUGGUCAGGGAGCUGGCAAGACUGGCUGCUCUGUGCUGGCAUGGUGGCUGGGAUGGCUUCUCCUUGGCUCUGCAGCCAGCUCAGAAGUCCUGGGGCUGAGCAGGGCCCCGGGGCAGUGCAGGAUCCUCCUCCAGCAGAACCCUUCCAAAGGCCACGUAGAGCUGCAGGGCAGAGUUGGGGCGGGCAGAGUUGGGGCAGGCAGCGCAGCUCCUUGUGCCAGGGCUACGGGCAGAGCUGCUCCACCUCUUUAUUUUUUGUGCCAAACUCGGCUGGUUUGGGGCUACAGGUCUGAGCUACCAAGUCACAGCACCUAGAUACAGCAGGCAGGGCAGCAAGGCUUGAUACUGAGUCCCCUGGCUCUGGAAACUGGGGAAUCCCAUGGGCAGCAUCAUCCCUUGGCACCUCGGGCACGCAGGGCAGAGCAAACCCUGGCACUGCUCCCGUCCCCAGAUCUGAUCGUUUAACUUCACUCUGUCUUCCCAGCCAGAGGAAAGGGCCACUCGUGGUGGUGGUGCUGGUGAUGAGGCUGUGUGGUUGGCACACUCCAUGGGCUCACCAGCCUCAGCACCCAUCGUGCCACAGCCAGGAGGUCGAGGCAGCUGUGGCAGGAGGGCGUGCCAGGCUGGAUUUCAGGUUCCUUUCUUCUCCGUGGGCAGCUCGUUGCAAAAGGAAAGGGUAGCUCAGCUCAAGUGGUAGUUAACUCGUAGAUAUUCUACACAUAUUCUAUAUUUUGUAAGAAAAGAAGAAAAAGAAAAGAAAAGAGAAAAAAAAAUUUAAAAUUAAUAAUAAUAAAUAAAAAAUAGAACAAGAGAGAAAGAGAGAAAAGAAAGAAAGAAAGAAAGAAAGAAAGAAAGAAAGAAAGAAAGAAAGAAAGAAAGAAAGAAAGAAAGAAAGAAGAGAGAAAGAAAGAGAGAGAGAGAGAAAGAAAGAAAAGAAAGAAAAGAAAGAAAGAAAAGAGAGAGAGAGAGAAAGAAAGAAAGAAAAGAAAGAAAAGAAAGAAAGAAAGAAAGAGAGAGAGAGAGAAAGAAAGAAAAGAAAGAAAGAAAGAAAGAAAGAAAGAAAGAAAGAAAGAAAGAAAGAAAGAAAGAAAGAAAGAAAGAAAGAAAGAAAGAAAGAAAGAAAGAAAGAAAGAAAGAAAGAAAGAAAGAAAGAAAGAAAGAAAGAAAGAAAGAAAGAAAAUAAAUAAACUUUGUCUAUACUAGCCCAGGCCCAACCCUUUCAGGAUGAGUGUGGUUGGACUUUUGGUUUCAACCAGGUUAUCAAAUCUGGAAGUGAGUUUUAGAGGUUGUUUAUUUUUAUUUCAUUUUUUGUUUAACUUUAUUUUAUUUUUAGCUUUUCAAUCUUUGCAAUAAAUAAAUUUAUUUUAGCUCCUUUUUUUUUAAUAUUUACUUCUAUUUUUGUUUGGAUUUUUAAUUUUUUUUAAAUUUUAUUUUAGCUUUUAUGUUUAGCUUUUUUAUUACUUUUGAUUUUUUUUAUUUUUAGCUUUUUUAUU